AUGAGAACUCGAGGGUUGAGGGGCUGCGAGGAUGGGCGCCACACCGCCCAUGACGUGACGGGGCGCCUUGCGUGGGCGCCGCCCAUGGCCAUGGACCACGCCCACGGCACCCACGCCCCUCACGACAUCUCCACGCCUACCUCCCGUCCUGAGAACGCCCGUGGGCGUGGCCACGCACGUUCCCGCAGCCGCGACGCCUCAACAGACUCACACCACCACGCACGCGACGCUUCGCUAGGUGGCACCGCCCGGCGUGUCGGUGGUGGUGGUGGUGGUGGUGAAGAGCCAGGCUCCAAUUCCAGAGGUUCCUCUCCUGCCCGCCCGCACGCCCACUCAGCCACGCCAGUACACUCAACGCCGCCCACGCUACUCAGGCACGCACAUAACCUGUGAUGCAGAAGCCAAGCACGCCCACGCUGGGAAGCCGGCGAACACACCCGGCUCUCGUCCGCCAAUUUUCCUUACCACAAGUGCUCAGG